AUGUUUACUAUUGGUUUUGCAGGUAAUGAUUUAAUAAAAAAAUGGAGAAGUGUAAAAGAUAAUUACUUCAGAUAUUCAAAAAAAUUAAAAGAAGCAUCAAAAUCGGGCUCGGGCGCUACGAAACUGAAGAAGUAUCAUUUAUACAAUCAACUCCUUUUUUUGAGAAAAGUGGAACAAAAUGCCACCGAAUCUAGCUUAGACUCGCCUAGAGAAAUCAACAAUGAAUCUACGUCUACAAAUGAUGACAUUACCACAGACAACACUCCGCGCUAUGUUCCAGUCGCGCGCAAAAGGGCAAUGCAAAUGGAUGAGUUUGAAAGAGAAGGACUAAAACUUCUCAAGGAGCCGGAAAAUCGCCAUAUGUCCUUUUUCAGAGCUAUAUUGCCAUCUAUUCAAGAAUUUUCCGACCGAGAAACUCUCCGUUUCCAAAGUAAAGUUAUACAAAUUAUAGAUGAAAUGCGGUAUGGACAAACAUCAUCAUAUGUGAGUGGCCCAUCAACGUCUCACCAACCACCAUAUGGGUAUCAAACAGCAAAUUUUCAAAGUACAUACAUUUCUGAUUUUAAUAAUUCAAUUACAUCUCCAGAAACAUCUCAAGCAAGUGAAGAAACUGAAUACGAUUUUUCUAAUUUGUAAUUACUGGAUGAUAUCUCUCUUAAAUAAUGUCUAAAUUUAAAAUUAUGACAAUUGCUGAUUAUUUGUGAGUUGAUUACUCUCUUAAAUAAUGUCUAAAUUUAAAAUUAUGACAAUUGCUGAUUAUUUGUGAGUUGAUUACUAAUUAAACAAACCAAAAAAACUGU